AUGCUAUCAGAUUCACAUCAAAACAGUAAGUUCACCGCUGAAACCGCGUCGACACUGGUGAAUGAACUGAGAGCAACAUUUGUUUCCGGUGAAACAAUGAGUUACAAAUGGAGAGUAUCACAACUUAAACAACUCUAUAAGAUUGUGGAGCAUCACGAACAAGAAAUCGUAGAUGCUCUUCUCAGCGACAUCGGUAAACCGCCGUUGGAAACGGUUGCUUACGAGAUUGCUAUGUUGAAAAACUCAUGUAAAACUGCAAUCAAGGAAUUGAAGCAUUGGAUGACUCCGGAAAAGGUCCAGACAUCCCUCACUACAUUUCCUGCUUCAGCUGAAAUAGUGUCUGAACCACUUGGAGUUGUGUUGGUCAUCUCUGCAUGGAACUAUCCAUUUUUGCUGUCACUUGAUCCAGUCAUUGGAGCUAUUGCAGCUGGUAAUGCUGUGGUCUUAAAACCGUCAGAAAUUGCUCCAGCCACAUCAGCAUUGCUGGCAAAACUGUUAGGGGAGUACAUGGAUAACUCAUCUAUAAGAGUUGUUGAGGGAGCGGUUGAUGAAACAUCAGCAUUACUGCAACAAAAGUGGGAUAAAAUUUUCUACACAGGUAAUGGAAGAGUGGCACGCAUCGUGAUGGCGGCUGCUGCUAAGCACCUUACACCAGUUGUGCUGGAGCUUGGAGGAAAAUCCCCUGUUGUAGUUGAUUCAAACUCAAAUAUCAACUUACAGGUUACAACUAGAAGGAUAAUUGCUGGAAAAUGGGGUUGCAACAAUGGACAAGCUUGCAUUUCUCCCGAUUAUAUUAUAACCACAAAAGACUAUGCUCCUAAGUUGGUGGAUGCUCUAAAGACUGAAUUGGAAAGUUUUUAUGGAAAGAAUCCAUUGGAAUCAAAAGAUUUGUCACGUAUUGUAAACUCAAACCACUUUGCUCGCUUGACUAAGCUUUUGGAUGAUGAUAAAGUUUCUAGUAAGAUUGUUCAUGGAGGUGAAAAGGAUGAAACCAAAUUGAGAAUUAGCCCGACUCUUCUAUUGGACGUCCCGCGAGAUUCUCUAAUAAUGAGUGAAGAGAUAUUUGGUCCAUUACUUCCCAUCGUCACGGUGGAUAAAAUAGAAGAAAGCUUUGAUGUGAUAAACUCAGGACCAAAGCCUCUUGCUGCAUAUAUAUUUACCAACAAUAAGAAUCUCAAGGAGCAGUUUGUUAAGACGAUUUCUGCUGGUGGUUUGGUCAUCAAUGACACUACUAUACACCUUGCAGUUCAUACUCUACCUUUUGGAGGAGUAGGUGAUAGUGGAGUUGGUGCAUACCAUGGAAAAUUCUCGUUUGAUGCAUUUAGCCACAAAAAAGCAGUUCUUUAUCGCAGUUUUUUCGGUGAUGCUUCUAUAAGGUAUCCACCAUACACCAAAACAAAGUUUAGAUUGAUGAAGGCUCUCAUGACUGGUAGCAUAAUUGGUAUAAUUCGUGCUAUAUUUGGAAAGUCCUAG